AUGGAUGUCUCAGAUAAUAACAAAAAACAGCCUGAGGUAACGUAUGUGGAAAACGUAGAUGACGUCACGUCAAAAAGUUGGGAUAAUAAGACAGACAUAGAGUUGAAGGCAACAUAUGCCUCUUCCGAGAAUAACGAAUCCUUGACAGAUGAAGAGAGAAAGGGCACUAUAGUAGAGCAAUCAAUUUUUAUUACCAAAGAAGAUAUCCCUGAAUCGUUGAAAGAUUUCACAACUGAAGAAUUAGAAGAAUUGUCUAAGAAAACACGUUUGAAAAUGGAUCUUAGGAUCCUAAUCAUGGUGUGUUGGAUUUAUAUCUGUAACUAUUUGGAUAGAACCAAUAUUGCUUCUGCAAGAUUGGGUGGUUUAGAAGAAGAUUUAAAUUUGACAAGUACACAAUAUCAAACCGUCUUGUCUGUUCUAUUCGUCGGUUACAUCACAAUGCAAAUUCCAUCAAAUAUUAUAUUAAAUCGUUUGGGAAAGCCAUCUCUUUUCAUUACAAUUAUUAUGACAGUCUGGGGUAUUAUUUCAACUUGCACAGGUGCAGUUCAAAGUUAUGGUGGUUUACUUGUCAUUAGAAUAUUAUUAGGUUUUGUAGAGUCUGGAUUUUUUGGUUGCUGCUUAUAUUAUUUAUCUUGUUGGUAUACCAAGAAAGAAUUAGCAUUAAGAAACUCAAUUCUAUACUCUGGUUCAUUGAUUAGUGGUGCUUUCUCAGGUCUAAUUUCUGCUGGUAUUAUUGAAGGUAUGGAUGGUGUUGCGGGUUUAAGAGCAUGGCGUUGGUGUUUCAUCAUCGAAGGUGCUAUCACUGUUGCCACUGUUCCAUUUGCUUAUAUGAUUUUACCAGAUAAUCCAUCCAACACAAAAUUUUUAUCACAAGAAGAAAAAGAUCUUAUUAUGUGGAAAUUGAAGAUGGAUGUUGGUGACUCUGACAGUGACGAUGCUGUUCUUGGUGGCUCUAAAAAUUCUUUCAAAUUCGCAUUAAAAUUAGCUUUCAAAGAUAAGAAAGUAUGGUUGAUUACUGGUUGUAUUUCCUUUUUAGUUGCUGCAGCUGGUGUUACAAAUUUUUUCCCUUCGGUUGUCUCAACAUUAGGUUUUGAAAGAAUUAUUACCUUAUGUUUAACUGCUCCACCUUACUGUAUUGCAGUUGUGACAACAUUUAUAUGGGCUAGUCACUCUGAUCGUACUGGAGAAAGAUUCUGGCAUGUUGUUUUACCUCUUUUUGUUGCAUUAAUUGCUUUUAUCAUUGCAGUUUCGACUUUAAAUACAGGUGCUCGUUAUUUCGCAAUGUGUUUAAUGCCAUCUGGUUUAUAUUGUUCAUACACAAUUAUCAUCUCCUGGAUCUCAUUAAUUGUACCAAGACCACCAUUAAAGAGGGCUAUUGCUAUUUCGAUUAUGAAUUGUUUGGCAAAUUCAACUUCCAUCUGGAAUGCUUACUUAUACCCUGAGAGCAAUGCUCCACGCUAUACAAUUGCCAUGUCCUGUAACAUCGCAUUUAUUUUCUUAUCCAUGUUUUUUGCUUUCCUAUUAAGAUUCUAUUUGAUUUCCUUAAACAAGAAGAUAGAAAAUAAUACAAUGGACUGGUUCAGUGAAUUUGGUAACGAUGGUUCCCAUAUAAAGAAAACUUACAGAUACAUGUACUAG